ACGGACAUCAGUGUAGCCGUGUAGGAAAGCUCGUCGCUUUGUCUUAUCCAAAAUGGCAAAAUCCAAAUCUGCAGACCUAAAAGAAUGGUGUUUGUUUUCGCUAAACUCCGCACAGUUCGCACCACCUCUGGAACCCGUCAAAUAAAUCAGUUUUUUCCUAGCUCAGAGUUUUCUUCUUAUCCAAAAACCAAAAUCUCCCAACAAAAACCUCCAUUUUUGCCGCCAUUUGGGGGAUGACUUUUCACACAUUUGCAGACUCUUCAAAAUGGAACCCAACAUUCCCAGAGACCCAUUAUAUUUUCCCCUUGCGUAUCCCUUUCUUUCUUAUCACAAAAUAUCGAGGCAGCCUUGUCUCUUUGUCUUUUAUCUUCUUUGUUAUUGUACUCUGAUCUUCUUGCCCACUCCCCCAAGUGUCUGCUAAUAUUACCAGAGGGUUUCUUCCUUCCUUUCUUUCUUUCUUUCUGUUAACAGUUUCCCGUUGUGAGUUUUUAUAUAUCAGACUAUAAUUAUGGUGUUGGUAGAGGCGUUUUGGGAGAUUUUGGAAAGACCCACCAUAGAUGCCGUAGUUGUAGAGAUGAUGAUGUUUUUAGGACCUGUAUGGGUUGCGUUCUUUCUGGGUGUUAUUAUAGGAUGGGCAUGGAAACCCAAAUGGGCGAGAUUGGGCAAUUGUAAGUUCGACUUUUCAGCUCCUUCUUCGCCCACGCCUUUUGUUCCUUCCCCGGCAAAGGCUUUGGACUCAACGGAAGGUUUCGUUGAUCAUAUUGGUUGUGAUAGUAGCAGCCAAUCGCAAGAUGAAAGAGCAGAUAUUAAUGUUAUUACGGAUGAGGAUUUAGAACAUUUUUGCCAUCUUGUGGAGAGAAGAGAUGGAGGGCCAUGUUGGAAGCAUAUGAUGGAUCGUUCUACCCCCAGUUUGAGUUAUGAGGCAUGGCAGAGGGAUCCAAAGACUGGUCCUCCUCAGUAUUGUAGCAGAACGGUUUAUGAAGACGCCACGCCAGAAUUGUUGAGGGACUUCUUCUGGGACGAUGAGUUUCGCCUGAAGUGGGAUGAUAUGAUGGUGCAUGCAUCGAUUCUAGACGAGUGCCCUGCCACGGGAGCAAUGGUAUUGCAUUGGGUAAGAAAGUUUCCAUUUUUCUGCAGUGACAGAGAAUACAUUAUUGGGCGUCGAAUAUGGGAAUCAGGAAGAUCAUAUUAUUGCAUUACAAAGGGUGUGCAAUGCCCUUCUCUCCCGAGGAAAGACAAACCAAGGCGUGUUGAUUUGUACUAUUCAAGUUGGUUCAUUCAAGCAGUGGAAUUAAGGAGAGGAAACGGUGAAUUCACAGCUUGUGAGGUGAUUCUUUUCCAUCACGAAGACAUGGGUAUCCCUCGAGAACUCAUAAAAUUCGGGGCGAGGCAGGGCAUGUGGGGAGCGGUGAAGAAGAUUGAGCGUGGCUUACGGGCAUACCAGCAAGCCAGAGCUUCUGGGGAACCAAUCUCCCAUUGUGCAUUCAUGGCUCAAACCAACACAAAAAUCGACCCCCCAGUCCACCUGGAGGGCGACGAUGAACAUGAACAUUCAUCAUCCUUAAACACUCAAUUGCUGGAUUCACCAUUCAAGAAACCCAGCCCUGUAAACAUCCCAAAGAUCCUUGUUCUUAGCGGGGCUGUAGCCGUUGCUUGCACUCUUGAUGGAGGGCUAUUACCCAAAGCACUCUUAUUCCACAUUUCCAGAAAACUUGCAAAUCUUGGACGGAGAAAACGACCAGGAACAUGACCCUCAAUUCUUUCCUAGAAUACUAGGUAGUAGUUUUGUCUUGACAAAUUAGUCUUAGUUGUCUUGAGAAAUUAGUCUUCUUCACCACAUAAAAAACAUGUGACAAAACAACAAGUACAGUUUUACCAGAGAAAAUUCCGGUAGAUGUUGUAAAGUUGCAUAGUUACUCUACGGUUUCGCCCGUUUGUAAUUAGUGUACUAGAGUUUGAAAACACCAUGACCAAUCAUACAGUUGUAAAAUCUUUUCACCAAACAAAAUUUCUUUAUACUCAUGCCUCAUCUUAUACAUCGAUCCUGAAUGGUUACGAUUACAAGAAUCCAAAAAAAAAAAAAAAAAACAAAAAAAAACAAAAUUUUCAA